AUGGCCAACGAUCUUGCAUUCGUGAAUGACAAGAACACUUUCAAGACGCCAAUCAAGAAGACAAAGGCCUCCCGUGCAGCCAGCACUCCAGAAGGCAACCUCACUCACAUGUCAUCGAUAUCAUUCUGUAUGAAUGCUAGUGCCAUUCCCCCCUCGCCUAUACCGACGUCACUUCCUAUUAGAAUCUACCCGAAAGGAAAAGAUGCACAGCCCAGUUUGAUAUCUAAGAAGGGUGUGGAUGAUGAUGGCGAGGAAAAACAAGAGGACGUUAUAUGCAUGCCGUCACCGGACCAAAAGUAA